GAUCACGCCGGCAAUUCCCGUUCCGUCAGUGUAACUACAAGUAAGCUACAGCCAAGUCCAAGUCUAUAGUCGAACUCCCUGGCCAUUAAGUCAUACCAUCAUCGUUCCUCUUCCCUCUUCCCUCCGAAAUCCAGCCAGCCUCCUCUUUUCACACCUUAAUCCCUCCUCUCCUCUCCUCUUCUUCCUUCCUUCUUCCUUCUCUCCCCUCCUCUUCUCUCCCAUAAUAUCAUACCCACAUCAAUUGCUUCAUCCCUAGCAUCCCAUACACUCAAUUCCUCUCAACCCACCAUCAAGAACCCCUAGACCCAACAAAAAAAAAGCACAAUGGUUCUCGCACGCCCUCAUAUCCUCCGCGCCUCCGCCCGAGCCCUCGGCACCGUGCGACGACAAGUGCCCACCCAGCAAUUCGCCCGACGAACAUACGCCCAAGCCACCGAAUCAACCAACAAGUCCUCCGACCUCCCCUGGCUCAUCGGCUCCCUCGGCCUCGGCAUCCCCGGCGCGUACUACCUCCUCGCGACGGGCCCCAAAGCCGCGGCCUCGUCGCACGACACGCCCGACACGCACCACCACGGCGAACCCAAGGGCAAGACCUCGACCUCCGCCCCAAUCGAGAAGGAAGAAUCCGCCGCCGCCAAGGACUCCGCCCCGCAGCCGGACCGGGACGCCGAACAGAAGACCGAUUCGGGGGCCGCGACCGCCUCGACGGAUGGGAAGGCACCGUCGGAGGCUGAUGAGCCCUCAACCCGCAAGGAACCUGGCAAUUCGGCGACCAUCUCCGGCAAGCAGGAGGGUCUUUCUAAUGCCACGACGGAUCAUCCGCAUGUGAACGAGCCCGGGAAGAGUGUCAAGGGGGAGGGCGAGACGGAGACGGCUAAGGUGAAGGGGGCGGUGUCGCCGGAUCGUCCGCAGCAGUAGACCGAUAGAUAGGUCGAAAGAUUCUCGUUGCUUCGGGAGGAAGAUGGGGUUUUUUCUGUAUGAUCCAAAUGUUUUUUCAUGUAUAAGAUCAUGAAGUUUCCUGAAGAGUUGUGC